AUGGCUGAAUUCAAGCCCGUUCUGCUCACUCUGCCAUCUUUUGCGCCAUCUCUGGCCCUCGAGGUUCUACCCUAUGGGCUCACCAUUCAUCGAGUCAUUGUUCAGCCUGACGGACGAACGCACGAUCUUGUUAUCGGCCCAGAGGCUCCUGAAGACCACAUUGGGCGCAAGUACAACAAUACGAUAGUGGGGAGAUAUACUAAUCGAAUUCCGGUUGGGAAACAUAUUCUGGAGCGCAAUGGGAUCAAGAGCGAGUUCACGGCGGUAGCGAACGAGAACCCGAAGGUUUCCCUUCACGGUGGUCCGACUGGCUUCGAUUCUCUUCCAUGGGAAGUGAUGACAGAGAAACCAACUCUUUUCACGCCCACUGAGCUUGUCCACCUUACCUCGAUCUCUGGCACGGAAGACCCAGUUGCUGCAUCUGAAUCAUUUGCCUUCUUUCGACUCAUCUCUCCAGACAAUGAUCAGGGAUAUCCCGGAAAGCUCUUAGUUGAAGUCCUUAUUGCGUUGGUUAGCCCAGGGGAACAGGAGAGGAAGUAUAGGCUUCCAGGUCAACCAAUCCAAGAGCAAGAGGAGUUCGACCUUGGCAGUAUCGUGAUUGUGUAUAGGGCCAAGUUAGACAGUGAGACGCCAGUUGUUAGUCCAAUCAACCUGACACAGCACUGGGGGUUCAACCUAGAUGCUAGUUUAAAAGAAGGCCCAGAAUCGUUAUCCAUAAAGGAUCAUAUUUUGACAAUCAAAGCUGACAAGAUUAAUGGCCUAGACGAGCUCAGUCUCUCCACGGGAUCGUUCAUUGCAAACGCUCCUGGGCACACGCAUGAGAAGAAGCGGGUUGGCGACAACAUGCCUUCCUCUGGAUACGACGAUUACUACUUAUUCACGAAGAGCCCUACACUUCUGAGGCGUUUCGCAGCAUCUUCCUUAGAAGACCCCACCUUCGACUUGAUGAAAGACGUCUUACGACCUACACACGACCCAACAAAGCCUUCGUCACCCCCCCUGAGGGGUGAACCCGUCGUCGAGCUCUCUUCAAAUAAGUCGGGUUUGAAGCUCGUUUUCGACACGAAUCAAUCGGGUGUGAUGUUCUACUCCAACAACCUAGCGAAUCCUGCUACGGGUAUACGCAAGAAGAUCCACGGCGGGUCUGGUAAGGCAGGUACUGGAGAUGGGUAUGGUCCAGCCACCGCUGCCUUCCUGGAAUUCCACGACCCUUUGACGGCUUUCCUUGAUCCUAAGAAUAAAGAUAGCGACAACGACACACUUAUUACCACUGGCGAGGUUUACCAUCAAUACGUUCGCGCGGAUGUAAAGUUCAGAGAAGUUGGCCAGUGA